AUGAUAAGAACACGCAUAGUCUUUGAGAGGAUCUUUUUUCUUAUAAUAUUUUCAGGAAUUGUUUACUUUUUCCUUGAUUUUAUGACCGUAUAUGAAAGCUCGAUAAGAUAUUUAAGUUUUCUUUUACUUCUUUUUAUUUAUGGCGUUUCCUAUAUCCUAGCUAUAAUUCCCGAUAUUGCAAAUUCUAUAAAUUAUAUUUCAUUUUACAAAACUAGGAAAAAGAAGGUUCUUUCCUAUUCUUUUAAAAAGGAUAUAUUUUGUGAAAAGAAAAAGAAAAAAAAGAUAAGUAAUAAAGACCUAGAAAUUCAUAAUUUAAUAGACACGAAUUUUUUUUAUAUCAAUCCUGGAGUUAUUGAAAAAGAAUAUUAUGAGAAAAAAAAUGAAUUUAACGAUGCUUAUAUGUAUUACUUGAAGCAUAUUAAAUAUAUGCAAAAAAGGGAUAGGAAACAUGGUGAUCAAACCAAUACAAAUAAUUAUAUAAAUUCAAAGGAAGGUAUGAAUGACGAAGAUUUUAAUAGUAAUAUAAAUAAUAGAGUUCAUGAUAAUAUAAAUUAUAAAAAGGACAGGAAGGAAGAUAUUUAUAAAAAUGAUGAUAAUUAUAGUGAUAAUAAUAUGUAUGGAAUGAAUAAAAAAGAGAACAAAGAGCAUAAAAAGUAUAUUAUAGAUAAUUGUGAAGAGUUUGAAAAAAUAUGUUUUAAUGAUCAAGGGAAAAAAAUAAAAAUAAAAGAUAAAAUUAUUAGAUAUAUUGAAUUGAGUAAUAAUAAUAAUAAAAAUAACAAUAGUAAUAAUAAUAAUAAUAAUAAUAAUAAUAAUAACAAUAACAAUAACAAUAACAAUAACAAUAACAAUAACAAUAGUAAUAGUGUGAAUGUGAAAAAAAUUGAUGAAAAAGAAAAUAGCCAUGUUAAUCAAAAUAAUUAUGUUCUUGAAGAAGGGAAUAAAAAAACAAAAAAAAAUGUUUCAUAUAAAUCCUAUGCUUAUGAUGAGAAAACAAGAAAAGUUCAAAAUAUUUAUGAAAUACAUAAUGAAGGUUUAAGUAUAUAUAAUGAAAUGAUUGGAAAACAUGAUAAUUCCUUAAUGCAUUAUAAAAAGAAAGAUACGAAAAAGAUGAUUGGAUCAUUUCUACAUGAGAAAAUAUAUUUAGAUGAUGAAAAUGAUUUAAGUAGUGAUGAGGAUAUAGAAUAUAUAAAUAAGAAACAGAAAUAUGUUUAUUUAUUAUUAAAUAAGAUAUUAUGUAAAAAUAAGAAUAAAAGAAAUAAUAGUUAUUUAUUAUCUGGAUAUGGUUCGAAUAUUAAUAGUUAUACUUUAGAUAGUUUUUAUGAUAGAAAUAAACGAAUAAAUAAGAAUACGAAUUUUAAUAAAUGGCAUAAUUUAUAUUUAAAAUGUAUAAUAAAUAUAAAAAUAAAUUUUAUGGAAUUUUGUAAAAAUAGUGCUUUUAUUAUUGCUGAUAUAAUUAUAACUUUGUUAUUAAAUAUAUUAUGGUUAAAUGUACAUAAAUAUAUAUAUCGUAAUAAUGAUGAUUUAGAUAGGGGUAUGUUUAAUUGGAAUACAAGUGAAAUACCAAAAAUCUAUAAUAGUAUAGAAGGAUAUUUACAAUAUUUUAUUUUAUAUGAUAUGUGUAUAAAAUUAUUUUUAUUUUUCUCAUCUAAUUAUAUAUUAAGUUUUUGGUUUCUAUUAAAUUUAUUAAAUACCCCAUUUUUUUAUAUUUUAGUAUCUUAUUUUAAUAAUAUAAAAUAUAAGAAGAUGCACUGGUUAUAUUUAUCAUGUCCUUUAAGAUUUUUGAAUUUCUUACGUAUAGAAGAUUUAUUCGGAAAGAAUAAUAAUUACAAUAAAUUAAAUAUCCUCUUGAUUAAAUUGUCCGUACAAAUAUUUGUAAUGAUAUAUACAUAUGCCUGUUUAAAUUAUUUAAUAGAACAACCUUGUCGAGGAGAGUAUGAAUUAUAUGAUUAUGUUUUUUCAGGAAUGCAAACGGUUACUACCGCGGCAUUAGGAAAAGGUACAUGUUUCCCUUUUUCUUUUAAAGGUAGAUUUGCUCAUAUUUUAUAUAUAUUUAUGACAUUUACCUAUAUACAUUAUAAAAUAAGAUCAUUAAAAAAUUAUAUAAUUGAAGAGAAAAAAAUAUAUGGUAAAAUACCAAAUAUAGGAUCAUGUUAUUUUGUAAUUAUAGGACAUAUGAAACCAAUACAAUUAUAUGUUAUAAUAAAUGAACUACAAUCAACAUAUAAUAAUUUAGAUGAAAUAAUUAUUUUAACAAGUUUACCUAUAAAAUUUUAUUGGAAUGUUAUUCGUUUAUUAAAUAAGAAAAAUAUGUGUCAAAUAAGUGUUUGUUUAUAUGAUUUAAAUAAACCUAUGCCAUUAAAAAUUAAAAAAAUCAUAUCUUAUAGUAGUGGGAUAUUUAUAUGUAAUAAUAUUAUUAAUACACAUUAUAAUAUUAAUAAUGACAUGGAGACAUUAAAACGAUAUAAUGAAAUCAAUACUUUUGGACCAUAUGAUAAACAUAUAUCUAUCUUUUUAAAUAAUAUGUGUAAUCGAAAUAUAUUACUUCAAAGAUAUAAUAGACAUGUUAUAUGUCUUAAUGAUUUGAAGAUGAAAUUAUUUGCAAAAACGGUAGAUGAUUGUCAUGGUAUGUUUUUAUUAAUAUUAUUAUUUUUUAUGAAUACACCUCAAAAAAUUAAAUGUAAGCAUACAUAUAUAUUAACAAAAUAUUUUGAUAAACAGAUAAAACGUCAUAAUAAAAAAAAAAAAAAAUAUAAAAAAUUAAGAAAAUAUAAUAAACUAAAAAAAUAUACUCAUCAUAAUAAUAAUGUUAAUAUUUUUUUUAAAAUCAAUAUGAAAUUAAAAAGUCUCUUUUAUCCAACUAAAACGAAACGUAUAAAAACCAAUAUACAAAAUCAAACAAAUAAUAAGCCACGUUAUCAUUUUCUAAAAAAUAUGUUUUUUAUUUUUUAUACAAAACGUUUUAUACGUAAUGGAAAUAAUAAGAAUAUGUAUAUAAAUCAGAAAAAACAUAUAUUAAAUGAAAAGCAGAAGAAUAAGACACAUAUGGAUGAUCAAGAAAAUUAUUACAAAAUAAAUAUAGGGAAUCAAAAUAUUGAAAAUAAUGAUUCUUCGUCUUAUAAUAUAAACCAUAAAAAUGUUAAAGAAACAAAUUCAGAUGAUCGUUGGUUAUAUAAAAAUCAGAUUUAUGGAAAGAAAAAAAAAAACAAAAAAAAAAGAAAAAGGGUGUUUUUUGUAAAUGAAAAUAUAAAAAACAAUGAUGAAAAAAAAAAUAAAAAUAAAAAUAAUAUAUAUAACAAUAUAAAAAGUAAUAAAACUAUAAGAAACCAAUAUUAUGAAAAGAAUUUUAAGAAAUCAUUAUGUAAAACAUUCUUAUCAUAUAAAUUUGAUGAAGAUACCAUAUUUAAUUCCUUUACAAAUUAUUUAAAUUAUAUGAAAGGAAUUAAAUAUAAUAUUUAUAAAAUUAAGUUCCCAGCCGCUUUCUUAAAUAUUCAUUUUGUUACGAUUGUUCAAUAUAUGUAUAUGAAUUAUAACACAUUUGUUAUAGGUAUAAUGGAUGAAGAUAAUGAAGUCAAAUUAAAUCCAGUCGAUUAUAUAUAUAACAAUCCUGAUAUAUAUUUUAUUAUAUUAACGGACAGUUUUAAUUUAUUACACAAAAUAACACAUAUAAAAAAAAUUGAAUUGGAUUGGUUGGAUAAAAUAGAUCAAAUAAAAAUAAAGAGGACACAAAAAUUUGUAAGGAAUGAAAAAAAAGACAACUUACCUUCACAAGGGACUGUUGAAGGAUAUAGCACAUACGGAAGAAAGAAUCAUCAAAUUAGGAAUGAUAAUAAUGAAAAAAAAAAAAAAAUAAAUAAUAAUAAUAAUAAUAAUAAUAGUGAUUAUAAUAAUAAUAAUAAUAAUAAUAAUAGUGAUAAUAAUAAUGAUUAUAAUAAUGAUGAUAAUAAUGAUGAUGAUAAUAAUAAUUAUUGUUCUUAUAUUAAAUGGAAUAAUUACUUUGAAUAUUAUAAUAAGGAACUUUCCCAAAAACAUCGAGAAAUAAGUAAAUUAAGACAAGAAGAUAAUAUAUAUUUUAAUCCCGUCUUAAAUAUUUUUAAAGUGGAAAAUUAUUUAGAAGCUUAUAAAAUUUUCAAACUCAAAAAUAAAAAUAAAAAUGAAAGUAUAAGUCAAAAUAAAAAACAAAGUAUAAAUCAAAAUAAAAAACAAAGUAUAAAUCAAAAUAAAAAACAAAGUAUAAGUCAAAAUAAAAAACAAAGUAUAAGUCAAAAUAAAAAACAAAGUAUAAGUCAAAAUAAAAAACAAAGUAUAAGUCAAAAUAAAAAUCAAAGUAUAAGUCAAAAUAAAAAACAAAGUAUAAGUCAAAAUAAAAAGUUAAAUUUAAAUGUAGGAAGGAACCAUUCCAUAAGUGACCAUAAAAAUUGUACCCCAUAUAACGAACAAAAUAUAUAUAAUAAGAAUGAAGAAAUUUUGUUAACAAAUGAUAAAGAGAAUAAAAAAAAAAAAAAAUUAAAACAAAAGAAAGAACAUUUAUCAAAUGAUAGUAUGAAUAAUCAUAAUGUCGAUGAUAAUUAUAAUAAUUGUAAUUUUAUUAUAUUAAUAUAUUGGCCACAAUCUCUAAAUACAUUUUUAAAAAUAUUAUUUCAAAAACGAGAACAUAAUAUAAUUAUAUUAAGUGAUCAAAUUCCUUCAUAUAUAUACAAUAAUAAUUUAUUUCCUUAUCGAUAUAAUAUUUGUUAUAUUCAAAAAUCACCACUUGUUCUAUUUAAUUUAAUUUUGUCUGGUAUAUUAGUAUGCGAGAAAUGUAUUAUUUUUAAAAAUUAUUUAAAAUUAGACUCCUAUCAAAAUAUUGUGUCAUAUAACGAAAAAACAAAAAAUAUAAACUUCUUGGAAUAUAUGUGUGAAUAUAAUGAUAGUGAUUUAAUUAUUAUAUAUAAUAAUAUAGAAAAUAUAUUUAGAAGAAAAGAUAUAAAUACAAACUUUAUUAAUUAUUAUAUUAAAAAUUAUAAUGAAAAAUAUAAAUAUCAUGAUUAUUUAAAAAAUAAAUUAUCUAUUCAUUAUAGAGAUAAUCCAUCUGUUAUCAACAAUUUUUAUACACAUCAUGAUAAUAUAAAUAACGACAAAAAAAAAAAAAACACAAAAAAAACUUCUCAAAAUCAAUAUUAUACUAAUAAUAUUAAACCUAUAAAUGAAUCAAAUAUAAAGGAAAAAAAAAAAUAUAAAAAUAAUAAAAAAAAAAAAUUAUAUCUAUUAAUAGAAUUAAAUAACGCUUUAUCAAUUCAAUAUUUAAAUAAUGAUGUUUUAACUAACGUAAAUAUUUUAAAAGAAGAAAUAGAUAAUAUUAAUAAAAAUAAAUCACAUAAUUUGUUAUUUGUUGAGAAUUAUAAAAAACAAAUACAAUUUUUUAAUUAUGGAAAUCUACUUGUAGAAAAUAUAUACAAAAAAAUAGAACAUAUUUUUAUAGAUAAUUAUUUUUUCUAUCUAUAUUUUCUACAGUUUACUUCAGCUAGUAUAUUUAUAGAUGAAUUAAUGUAUCAUCUAAUAGGAUACACGUUUCCUAUUAAAAAAAAUUCAUUAGAUAUAUCGACCAUAAACUCGUUUAUUCAUGGAACAUAUGUAGACAAAAAAAAAAAAAUAAAAACGGACUUGAUAUUAAAAAAUAUUCAUCCCAAAUAUCAUUGUAGAAAUUUCUUUUUCCUCUUUCAAAAAUAUUUAAAGAAAGGAAGAAUUAUAAUAGGAAUUUAUCGUUGCGAUGAAGAUAAUCAUAUGACUAUAGUUAUCCCAUGUCCACAGAAAAAUCUUUUGAUGCAUAAAAACGACAAGGUUUAUGUAUUACAAAGUGAAUAUGAAAGUUAA